AUGGGGAUCUACAAACUGGCAGUUUCCACAGGGACAGACCUGGAUGCUGGCACCUGGAAUAACAUAUUUAUUGUGCUUGUUGGAGUCAAUGGAGAAAGUGAUAAACUCCAACUGCCCCGUAACUGGGAACACUUCUUACCUGACACUGUGGCAGCGAUUGAUUUAGAGAUUGAUAAAGAUCUUGGUGAGCUCCUGCUUGUUCGGCUGUCCAUGGAGCCUUAUUUAAUUUUCCCUCUGGAUAUCUGGUUCUGUCGGUAUGUUAAUGUGACCUGUCCCAGUGGCCAGCUCUACCAGUUUCCAUUUUAUCAGUGGAUGCCAAAAUCUAUGCCUGUAGAGAUCCCAGAGGGAAAGGGUGGAAUUCUAAGUGGGAAUACCCACUCUGCUCUUGCCCAACAAAGAAAAGUAGAAUUGGAGCGGAACAGAGAAACUCACAAG